AUGGCACUGUUGUUCGCCAUAAUCGUUAUUUCAAUCGCCACUGCCAUGUCGCUGCCGCCGGUCAUUAGAAUCGGAGCGAUCUUUACCGAGGAUCAAAAGGAUAGUCCGUCGGAGUUAGCGUUUAAGUACGCCAUCUACAAGAUCAACAAGGAUAAGACUCUCUUAGCGAACACAACGUUGGUUUACGACAUCCAAUAUGUGCCUAAGGACGACUCUUUUCACACGUCCAAAAAAGCUUGUAAACAACUAUCCAGAUCAGUGCAAGGCAUCUUCGGGCCGUCCGACCCACUUCUAGGCGCCCACAUUCAAAGUAUAUGCGAGGCUUUAGACGUUCCUCAUCUCGAAACGAGAGUCGAUUUUGAGCCUACUUUCAAGGAGUUCAGUAUUAACCUACAUCCCGCUCAAGACCACCUUAACAAAGCGUUCAAGGAUCUUAUAUCCUUUUUAAACUGGACCAGAGUAGCCAUUAUCUACGAGGAGGAUCACGGUCUGUUCAAACUGCAGGAUCUCGUGAAAUCCCCGCCAUCCGUGAGAACCGAAAUGUACAUUCGUCAGGCGGGUCCUAAAUCCUACAGGCAGAUCCUGCGGGAGGUCAGGCACAAAGAGAUUUUCAAGCUGAUUGUUGACACGGAUCCGGCGCACAUGCAGCAAUUCUUUCGAGCGAUAUUGCAGUUACAAAUGAACGACUACAGAUAUCACUAUAUGUUCACUACUUUCGAUAUAGAAACGUUCGAUCUGGAAGAUUUCAAAUAUAACAGCGUGAAUAUGACAGCCUUUCGCCUGGUGGAUCUCGAAGAGCCCAAGGUUGCCGAAGUACUCAAGCAGAUGGAACGCUUCCAACCGACGAUUGGACAUGCCAUUCUGAACAAAACGGGAGUCAUUCAGGCAGAACCAGCUUUAGUGUACGAUAGCGUGCAAGUUUUCGUACAUGGUUUGGCAGCUUUGGAUCGUAGUUAUGAUCUAAGACCAGCAAAUUUGUCCUGCGAAAAGGAGGAACCGUGGGAUGACGGUUUAUCACUCUACAAAUAUAUCAAUGCCGCAGGCUUAAACGGACUAACCGGACAUAUCACAUUCAACGAAGGAAAGAGGAAUAAUUUCAAGCUGGACCUCCUUAAACUGAAGAAGGAAGAACUCGUCAAAGUUGGCGAAUGGAAAAUCGGGUCUGGCAUCAAUAUUACGGACAUAGACGCAUUUUAUGAAACCACAACGACCAAUAUUACACUCGUCGUAAUGACGAGAGAGGAAAGACCCUACGUCAUGGUAAAGGAAGACAAGAAUUUGACUGGCAACGCGAGGUUCGAGGGUUUCUGUAUUGAUUUGCUCACGUCGAUCGCCGGCCAGGUCGGCUUCCAAUACGCGAUCAAAUUGGUACCAGAUCACAUGUACGGAGUGUACGAUCCGGAGACGAAGGAGUGGAAUGGGAUCGUUCGAGAGCUUAUGGAGAAGAGAGCGGAUUUAGCUGUCGCAUCCAUGACAAUUAAUUACGCCAGAGAGAGCGUAAUAGACUUCACCAAACCAUUCAUGAAUCUCGGAAUUGGGAUAUUAUUUAAGGUGCCGUCCAGUCAGCCGACGCGGCUCUUCUCCUUCAUGAAUCCGCUGGCGGUCGAGAUCUGGCUCUACGUGCUCGCCGCCUAUAUGCUCGUGAGCUUCACCCUCUUCGUGAUGGCGCGCUUCAGCCCAUACGAGUGGAACAAUCCGCAUCCGUGUCUGGCUGAGAGCGACGUGGUCGAGAACCAGUUUAGCGUCAGCAACAGUUUCUGGUUCAUCACCGGCACCUUCCUCAGGCAGGGCAGCGGGCUCAACCCCAAGGUUUCCAAACGAUCGCCGCCGCGACUCUUCUCGUUCAUGAAUCCCCUCGCCGUGGAGAUCUGGCUGUCCUUGCUGGGCGCUUACGUAAUGGUAUCCCUGGCGAUAUGGAUAGUGGCAAGAUUGUCACCCUACGAAUGGGUGGAGCCGUCGCCCUGUCCGAGCUGUAAAUGUCCCUUGCAGGGUAGUCACGUGAGCGCCUUGGACCCGGACAGCGACGACAUUCCACUGCUGAGCACUGUCAACGAGUUCAGCCUGGCCAACAGCUUUUGGUUUGCCGUUGGCACACUUAUGCAACAGGGCAGCGAUCUCAACCCUAAGGCCACCAGCACGAGAAUAGUAGGCGGCAUAUGGUGGUUCUUCACAUUGAUCAUCAUCUCCUCUUACACUGCAAACUUGGCCGCCUUUCUGACGGUUGAGAGAAUGAUCACGCCGAUUGAGAACGCCGCCGAUCUCUCGGAACAAACCGAAAUUUCUUAUGGUACUCUGGAAGGUGGGAGUACAAAGACGUUCUUCAGGGACUCGAAAAUUGGAAUUUAUCAGAAGAUGUGGAGGUUCAUGGAAUCGAGAACUCCGCCUGUGUUCGUUCAAACCUACGAGGAGGGAGUGAAGAGGGUCCUGGAGGGCGACUACGCAUUUUUAAUGGAGUCGACCAUGCUCGAUUAUGCGGUUCAACGUGACUGCAACCUGACGCAGAUAGGGGGUCUGCUAGACAGCAAAGGAUACGGGAUUGCUACCCCAAAAGGCUCGCCCUGGAGGGAUAAAAUAUCUCUAGCUAUUCUGGAGCUGCAGGAGAAAGGUGUAAUACAGAUACUCUAUGAUAAAUGGUGGAAGAACACGGGCGACGUGUGCAACAGAGAUGACAAGAAUAAAGAGAGCAAGGCUAAUGCUCUCGGAGUCGAGAAUAUUGGCGGUGUCUUCGUCGUGCUACUCUGCGGCCUGGUGCUCGCGAUCUUGGUGGCGAUCCUUGAGUUCUGCUGGAAUUCGAAAAAGAACGCACAGUCGGACAGGUCCCUCUGUGCGGAGAUGGCCUCGGAAUUGCGAUUCGCCAUACGCUGCGGCUCCCGACAGCGGCCCGCCGCGAAGUCACGCAAUUCCGCGGCCGCCGAGCUGUGCAGCCGUUGCAGUCCGCGGUCCAGGGGAAGGGCGCACCUCUGCUCCUCCGCGGAACACGAGGAGACCACCUACAUACCGAGCAUCGAGAUCCCGCGAUUAAAUGGUCAGGAGGGUGGUGCGUUGUCGAUGACGGAGAUGAAGAAAUCAUUGAGCUUCGAUCAAGUGACGACGUCCCAUGGCGGGAACACCUAGCACAGGCCUCAUCCUCAUCUUCACCCCCAGCAACAGCAGCAACAGCAGCAACAGCAAUCACAACAGCAACCGCCACCGUGCAA